AUGGUUUACACACCUCACAGGGGGGGGCAAGAAGAGGGCCAGGGGUUAGAGGUGAGUGGAAGGAAGGAUGAGGGUCAGAAUGGUGAACCAGGGGGUGGGGGAGGGGUGUGGUAUCUAAGUUCUGUAUCUGAAUUCAGAGAGGAUGAGGGGUUCUGGAUGACAUGUUCGGGGGAGGGCAGGGAACUUCACGGAACAUUCUCCAGACUUGAUGUACGCAAAGCCCGAGAGAAAGCUAUCUCCCCAAUGACUUGGACGCCUGGGGGUCAAACUGAUAGACCGAUCUCUUUUGAUGGUGCUGAAACAGACCCCAGCUCUAUGUCCGCCUGCUACCGUGGGCCUGUGCUGAUGGUAAACAGGAUGGCCGGAUUCACACUAGCUGAUCUGGCUCUGUCACUGGCUUUGCAGGCAGCUGGGCCUCUUCCCCCACACAGACUCUGGAAGUAUCCUGAGGAAGUCUGCCCAGCCGGGAUGGGAGGGGAACUUCUGUACCCUGAUGACGCCAUUAACGACGUCCUCAAGGAUAAGGACUUUGUUGAGCUGAUGUCCUGUCUGUCCUGGGUACCAGAGAAGGGGAUGGUGGGGGCGAGUGGAGAUUUGGCCCCCCUGGCCCACCUCACUCUGGGAUGGAUGGGGGAGGGCAGGAUGUGGUCUCCUCAAAGUGGCUGGGCCCCCGCUAAGGCAGUUCUGGAAGGUCAUGGAUUAGCACCUCUCGUGCUAAAGCCAAAGGAGGGCGUUGCGCUGAUUAACGGAACUCAGUUGAUGACAUCGCUGGGGGCGGAGGCAGUGGAGAGAGCCCUGGGCGUGGAGAAACAAGCCGAUAUUAUCGCUGCCCUCAGCCUGGAAGCCCUGAGGGGCACCAACAAGGCUUUUGAUCAUGAUAUCCAUGCAGUGAGGCCUCAUCCUGGUCAGAUAGAGGUGGCUAUGAGGCUUCGCUCUCUACUGGACUCAGACAUUUUCCAUUCACAGAUCUCUGACAGUCAUAGAUCAUGUAAUCUCGUUAAGGAUGCCUAUACCCUGCGCUGUAUUCCGCAGGUCCACGGGGUGGCUAUUGACACCGUAGCCGUUGUCCAGAAGGUGAUAUCCACUGAGCUGAACAGUGCCACUGACAACCGUCUGGUUUUCGCAAAACGAAGUGAGACAAUUUCUGCUGGAAAUGUUCAUGGGGAGUACCCUGCUAAGGCCCUGGACUUCCUGGCUAUUGGAGUACAUGAGAUGUCCAACAUGAGCGAGAGGAGUACUGAGAGAUUGGUGAACCCCUCCCUCAGUGAACUGCCUGCCUUUCUAGUAGCAGAGGGGGACCUUAAGUCCGGCUUCAUGAUUGCACACUGCACCGCUGCUGCCCUAGUGUCUGAAAGCAAGGCCCUCUGCCACCCAUUGUCCGUAGACUCCCUGUCCACCAGCGCGGCCACAGAGGACGUAUCCAUGGGGGGCUGGGCUGCCAGGAAGGCCCUGAGUGUUCUGGAGCAUGUGGAAAAAGGUAAGUGA